ACAGAUCCUCGCGCACAGGCACAACAGAUGGUACAGUACUACUGGCUGCAGGAGCGCAAGAAUUUGAUGGAGAAGUACUUUAAUUUCUCUAAACUUCACAGGAACGUUUAGUAUAAGCAGAGUAGGGGGGGGGUAAACGAGGACGAAACUCGACUUUGACAGUCACUGGAUCCUACGUUUAGAGGCGGAAUUUGGUGUCAAGGUCAGGAGCGGCCAUGCCGUUUGGCUGUUUAACAAUCGGGGAAAAGAAGGAUUAUAACAAUCCUUCGGAUGUCUCAGAUAAAUAUGACCUGGGUCAGAUUGUUAAAUCGGAGGAGUUCUGCGAGAUAUUCAGGGCCAAGGACAAAACUACAAUAAAGAUGUUUACAUGUAAAAAGUUCCUGAAAAAGGAUGGGAGGAAAGUUCGCAAGGCGGCAAAAAAUGAGAUCCUCAUCCUAAAGAUGGUGAAGCAUCCCAAUAUUCUCCAACUGGUGGAUGUCUUCGAGACCAAAAAAGAGUACUUCCUCUUCCUUGAACUUGCAACGGGCAGAGAGGUAUUUGAUUGGAUCCUUGACCAAGGCUACUACUCAGAGCGAGACACCAGCAACGUGGUGCGCCAGGUGUUGGAGGCUGUCGCCUACCUCCACUCCCUGCAUAUCGUUCACAGAAACCUCAAGUUGGAGAACUUGGUGUACUACAAUCGCCUGAAGCACUCCAAAAUAGUCAUCAGCGACUUCCAUCUUGCCAAGCUGGAGAACGGACUAAUCAAAGACCCCUGUGGAACACCAGAGUACCUGGCUCCAGAGGUGGUUGGCAGACAGCGAUACGGCAGGCCUGUGGACUGCUGGGCAACAGGAGUCAUCAUGUACAUACUGCUGUCAGGCAACCCUCCUUUCUACGAUGAGACCGACGAGGAGGAUUAUGAAAACCAUGACAAGAACCUGUUCCGAAAGAUUCUUGCAGGGGAUUACGAGUUUGACUCUCCGUACUGGGAUGAAAUCUCAGAUUCAGCUAAGAGUCUGGUUGCUCGUUUGAUGGAGGUGGACCAAGACCAGAGACUGACAGCCCAGGAGGCUAUAAACCAUGAAUGGAUUUCUGGUGGUGCAGCUUCAGAUAAAAACAUCAAGGAAAAUGUGUGUGCACAGAUAGAGAAGAACUUUGCCAGAGCUAAAUGGAAGAAAGCUGUGCGGGUCACAACCAUCAUGAAGAGACUGAGAGCACCUGAGCAGAGCGAUUUGAAGGCAACCAGCCCCGGAGCCGGAGCCCCGGCAGACGGCACAGUUCCACAGGCUGCCACCGACCCCCCUGUACCCUCAUCCGCCGUGCCACCUGAAGGACCGCCCACACCCGUCACAGAGCUCCCUGCUGGAGCGGAGAUCAGCCAACCAGCGCCCGAGGCUGGAGCUGAGGUUGAGGCAUCAGACGGGGAGCCACAGCAACCGAGCCCAGCACCGCAAGAGGCCGAGCCAACAUUGCGUUGUAACGGGGAAGCUUCGGCUGCUCUCAAUGCAGCCACCGAAGCCGGGGACGAGCAGGGUUAGACUCCCCCACCUUCCCCCCGAAACCCACCCCUCCCUUUGUGACCUCUGCAGUCCCCACCAACUCCUGCACACUGUACAUUAGCUGCUAGCAUGGUGACACUGACUCUGCUUCUCUCUCACUUGCAGCAUUAGUAUCAUCUCAUGGAGGCUGUGUGCUACCUUCCCCGAGUGCCGCAUUGCAUUGGCUUUCUUUCUACACUUAUUGUGUCUUUUUUCACUGACCCCUCUGGUAUUUUAAGUCAGAUUAGAUAAACAACGUCUAUCUCCGCACACUUGAGUUUAAGGGGCAGAAACAGAUUUGCUGUGGCUUACAGCUAAAGUAUUCUUUCUUAUUCCUCUUAGUGAGAAUAUAGGAAGACAUAAUUGUGCUGAAAACGACUUUGAUUCCUUUUUAAUGAGCCGACUUGGGAAACCUCUCUCUCAGUCUUUUAAUUACAGUAUUUGUUCUUAGAAUCAGUAGAAAAGUUUUGCUUCUGAAAUUUUGACCUUGUACCGUGAUACUCAGUAAGUACUGGUCCUCACGGGGAGAAGAUCACAUGUUCCUGUCACUGUGGGAAUAUGGCGAUCUUUCUUAUCUGUUAUUGUCUACACUAACCAGCUAUUAAACAAUGCUGAGAUUGGUGACUGGGAGAUAUUAUGCCCAGUAUUGUAUUUUAAACUAGGCAGCUUCACACAUAAGCUCACACACACACACACACACACACACACACACACACACACACACACACACACACACACACACACACACACACACACACACAUACACACA